AUGGCACGGAUGCAACGUGCACAACAACAAGCUCUUCGAAAGGAAUUUGAGGUGCUCAACAUGAAGUCUAAUGAUCUAGACACCUUAUCCAUUGAUGUGCUACAAAGCAGUCUUCUAGUGCAUGAACAACGCAUGAAUGGCCAUGUUGUGGAAGAACAAGCAUUGAAGGAGACAGAGACAAAGGCAUACUAUGCAGAAGCUAGUGAAGAAAUGUUGUUAAUGGCAUGUGUAGAUGUCGAGGAAGCUAGUAAAGAGGAGUUAUGGUUUCUUGACUCAUGUUGCAGCAACCAUAUGUGUGGCAAGAAGGAGCUUUUCUCUAGGCUUGAUGAAAUUUUCAGCACUUCUGUAAAGUUGGGAGACAAUUCAAGCAUGGUUGUGAUAGGAAAAGGAAAUACACGAAUGCUGGUGAAUGGAAUUAUGCAGGUCAUCACUGAGGUGUUUUAUGUUUCAGGAUUGAAGAAUAAUUUGCCAAGUGUGGGACAGCUGCAAGAGAAGCGGCUUACAAUUCUCAUACAACUUGGGAAAUGUAAGAUUUAUCAUCCUGAAAGAGGAUUAAUCAUGGUGACUACAAUGUCCUCAAACAGAAUGUUCAUCUUGCCUACUCAGAAAUAG